ACAGCGAGCGUCGCAGUCGCUUGUUUAAAAAGUUUGUGCACAGUUUUAUUAUUUAUUUACGAAACGCAAAAUAACCUAUACUAUUUAUUAAGAUCGUGAUCUGAAGUGCACGCCAGUUGGUUCAGUUUUUAUUAUUUAGUGCAAUUUGUACGGCCAGGCAUUUCGAUCUCGCUCAGCACUACAAAGAAAGCCGUGUCAGUGUCAGUGUUUUAUUGUGCCUGUGUGUUGGUUUUGUGUUUGCCUUCUACGCGCCUGUGAAAAAUCGAAGUUAUUGCAUUACGUUGUGCCAGCUGCCCAGCUGCUUGUCCUAUGGGAUUUUGACUUGCGUUUUAAUGCUAUUCACGUUCUGCCUUUCGUUAAGCUAAGCCAAUCGCUCAUAGUCAAAAAAAAGGAUAUAAAAAUAAAUUUACAGCAGAGAUGGCUGAGGAUACCGAGUACAAAAAGUUGCCCAUUGAGGAGCGAUGCGUUCACAAGCUGUGGAAGGCUAGAGUCGAUGGCUACGAAGAGGCAGCUAAACUCUUUCGCGAAUUAGACGAUGAGAAGUCUCCGGAAUGGUCUAAGUAUGCGGGACUCAUCAAGAAAAUGGUCGUCGAUUCAAAUGCUUUGGCCCAAGAGAAGGGAUUGGAGGCCGCAUUGAUAUUCGUUGAGAACAGCGGCUUUGCCGGGCGAACAGUGGGUGAUGUGAUGACGGGAAUUGUCCAGAAAUGCAUUGCAGCGCCCAAGACAAAGACAAAGGAACUGUCUGUGCAGGUCACACUUAUGUAUGUGGAGAUUGAGAAGCAAGAGGCUGUAUUAGAAGAGCUGGUUAAGGGCAUGGAACACAAGAAUCCAAAGAUCGUGUCUGCCUGUGUUGCAGCUACCACACAAGCAAUGAAAGAAUUUGGCACCAAGGUUAUUGGCGUCAAGCCGAUCAUCAAAAAACUGGCUCCCCUUAUGUCAGAUCGCGACAAAGCUGUACGCGAUGAAACCAAGCAGUUAGCAGUGGAAAUGUAUCGCUGGAUUGGAGCUGCUAUGAAGUCACACAUUGCCUCGUUGCCACAGGUGACAAUCAAAGAACUGGAAGAUGAGUUUGAGAAAUUAAAGGGUGAAAGGGCCGAGCCAACCAGAUAUUUAAAAUCACAGCAGGAAAAACAGGCAAAAAUUGCAGAUGAAGCCGCCACUGAGGAUGCCUACAAUGAAAAAGUAACUCCCUUAAAGAACAAUUCUGAAAAGAAGAAAAAAUGCCGUAAGCCCGAUAUUAGUUUAUACCGGUAUAGCCCGCCGAAGUGUUCAUAUCCUCGCCUAGAUGAUGACGCUGAAGCUGGCGCUGAGGAAGUAGACCCAAUGGAUCUAAUUGAUCCAGUUGAUAUUCUCUCCAAGAUGCCCAAAGAUUUUUAUGACAAGCUAGAAGAGAAGAAGUGGACUCUGCGUAAAGAAUCGCUUGAAACACUGGAGAAGUUGCUCACUGAUAAUCCAAAAGUUGAGAAUGGUGAAUAUGGCGCGCUGGUCAACGCACUGAAGAAAGUCAUUACCAAGGACUCGAAUGUUGUACUCGUUGCCAUGGCCGGCAAAUGUUUGGCUUUACUGGCCAAAGGUCUUUCCAAACGCUUCUCCAACUACGCUACUGCUUGUGUAUCAUCACUCUUGGAAAAAUUCAAGGAGAAGAAACCAAAUGUUGUAAGCGCUCUGCGUGAGGCAAUGGAUGCCAUUUAUGGCUCGACAACAUUGGAGGCUCAACAGGAGUCUAUUGUGGAAGCUCUCGCCAACAAAAAUCCUAGUGUCAAGUCCGAGACGGCACUAUUCCUGGCGCGUGCUCUCACUCGUACCCAACCAACGGCGUUAAACAAAAAACUCAUUAAAUUACUAACCACAACAUUGAUAAAGACGCUCAAUGAAUCCGACCCAGUUGUGCGUGACAGCAGCGCUGAAGCCCUGGGUACACUGAUGAAGCUGGUCAGCGAGAAGGCGUUGACGCCACUGUUAGUCGAUGUGGAUCCAUUGAAAUUGAGCAAAAUUAAGGAGUGUCACGAUAAGGCCGAAAUUAAGAUCAAGGUAGCUGCACCCAAAAAGGAGGCACGUCCUGCAACAGCACCAGCGGCAAAGCCAGCUGCAGCUAAACCAAGCGGAGGCAGCACAGAACCCAAACCAGUGGCACGACCCGCAACAUCCGGUGCUCGCAAGGUAGUCAAGAAAGCUGCAGGCGCUUCAAGUGUGGCACCAGCUGCCUUGUCGAAAGCUCCAAGUGGUAAGGCACUGGCCACAGAACGCGAAAUGACACCUGAGGAGGUGCAGGAUAAGGCGGAUGAGCUAUUACCAGCUGAUAUACUCAGCGGUUUAGUUGACAGCAACUGGAAGAAUCGUUUAGCCGCUGUGGAACAGCUGCUAGCACAAAUCACCAGUUUCGACAGCAAACAGCCGGGCAUAUCUCAAGUAUUGGUGCGCACCAUCAGCGGACGCAAGCCUGGCCUCAAGGAAAUGAACUUCCAAGUGCUGAAAUACAAACUGGACAUCAUACGCAGUGUGGCUGAGAACUAUCCGGUGACAAACAUAACAGUGGAUCAUGUGGCCACAGAAAUAACUGAAAAACUGGGUGAUGCUAAGAAUAGUGGAGGAGCUGCCGAUGUACUGACUGCUUUAUCGGAGGCCACUAAGCUGGAGUAUGUGGUCGGAAAGGUUCUUAGCUUUGCGCUAGAGCAAAAAUCACCCAAAGUACAAUCGGAGGCAUUCAAUUGGGUGAACAAAUCAAUUAUUGAGUUUGGCUUUAAGAUUCAGCCCAAAUUGCUUAUUGAAGAUGUGAGAAAAGGCGUACAGAGCACAAAUCCCACUGUUCGCGGCGCCGCUAUACAACUUGUGGGCACCAUGACCAUGUAUAUGGGUAAUGCUGUAAUGAUCUUCUUCGAUGGUGAGAAACCUGCAUUGAAAUCGCAAAUACAAACAGAGUUCAAUAAGAAUCUGGGCGAGAAACCUCCCAAACCAAUACGUGGAGUACAGCGCAGUAGCGUUAGCCCAGAAGAUGAUGAGGAUGAUGAUGGUGCUGGCGGUUCAUCCGAACCUGAAGUCAAUUUAGCUGAUCUCUUGCCACGUGUUGAUAUUUCCAGUCAAAUCACAGAAGCUUUGUUGAAGGAGAUGUCCGACAAAGACUGGAAGACCCGUAAUGAAGGACUGACAAAACUACAGACGAUCAUCACUGAUGCCAAGCUAAUUAAGCCAAGCAUUGGUGAUCUGGCGCCAGCACUUGCACAUCGUCUAGUCGAUUCCAAUGCUAAAAUUGCCCAAACUGCGCUUUCGAUUUGUGAGCAACUGUCGACAGCAAUGGGCGCCGGGUGUCGCAGUCAUGUACGCGUUCUAUUCCCGGGCUUCCUGCAUGCUCUGGGAGACAGUAAAAGUUUUGUGCGAGCCGCAGCUCUUAAUUGCAUCAACAGUUUCGGCGAGCAGGGCGGCUACAAGGAGUUCUUUGAGAGCGAAAUGAUUGCCGAUGCCUUGAAGAGUGGCUCACCGGCUCUAAAGUCCGAGCUCUGGAAUUGGUUAGCUGAAAAGUUGCCGCCUUUGCCGCCCAAGUCGAUACCCAAGGAGGAGCUUACCUCAAUGGUGCCACAUCUGUAUGCGCACAUUUGUGAUCGCAAUGUGGAUGUGCGCAAGAACGCUAAUGAAGCUGUCUUGGGUAUUAUGAUUCAUCUGGGCUUCGAGGCAAUGAAUCGGGCUCUGGACAAACAGAAGCCUGCCUCCAAAAAGGAUAUUAUGGCCGCCCUGGAGAAGGCGCGUCCCAAUUUACCAGUCAAACCGUUGCCCAAGGGUAAACAACAAGCACCCAUUCCCGAGGAAACCAAAAAGGUCGUACGAAGUGGUGGCGCUGCCGCCGCUCAAAAACAAGGUGCUGGCAAAGCUGGCGUUGGAGCUGGUACAGAGAAGACAGCAGCAGCGGUGCCAUCGCGUAAAAAGGAUGAGGAUGUUGACACAUCGCCUCUGUUGGCAGUAAAUAGUAUCAAGAAUCAGCGGCUCAUCGAUGAGCAAAAGAUGCGUGUCCUCAAAUGGACAUUCACCACGCCACGCGAGGAAUUUACGGACCUACUCCGCGAUCAGAUGACAACGGCCAAUGUAAACAAGGCAUUGAUGGCGAACAUGUUUCACGACGACUUUCGUUAUCAUUUGAAAGUGAUUGAACAGUUGAGCGAGGAUUUGCCGAAUAACAGCAGAGCAUUGAUUUGUAAUCUGGACCUGAUAUUAAAGUGGUUGACGCUGCGCUUCUAUGAUACGAACCCUUCUGUGCUUAUUAAGGGUCUCGAGUAUCUAGGACAAGUGUUCCAGAUGUUGGUCGAAAUGGAAUACAUGAUGGCAGAGAAUGAGGGCAGCAGUUUCGUGCCCCAUUUACUGCUGAAGAUUGGUGAUCCAAAGGAUGCAGUCCGAAAUGGCGUGCGACGUGUGCUUCGACAGAUAAAUUUGUUGUAUCCUUUUACAAAGGUCUUCUCGUACGUUAUGGAAGGUCUGAAAUCGAAGAAUGCACGACAACGCACUGAAUGCCUGGAUGAAUUGACCUAUCUCAUUGAGAGCUACGGACUAAGCAUUUGCCAGCCAUCUCAACAGGUGGCUCUCAAGGAGAUUGCACGCCAAAUCUCGGAUCGUGACAACUCUGUGCGCAACGCAGCUCUCAAUUGCAUUGUGAUGGCAUAUUUCCUGGCCGGCGAAAAGAUCUACAAACUAAUUGGCCAGUUGAGCGAGAAGGACCUUUCCAUGUUAGAUGAGCGCAUUAAACGAGCUAAAAAGACAAGAAAACCAGCUGUACCCGUCGCCGAGGUACCGCCCAACAACAAGGCAGUGACGCAAGUGGUGCAACAAGAUAGCAUUGAAAUUGAGGAUGCUGAGGGAAAUGGCUGUGACGAAUUGCCGCCACCUGAUGAGGAGGGCUGCCAGCAGCCACAGUUAAAUGCCCGUGGUCGAAGCAACAAGCUAAUGGAACGGAGUACCUCAAGCAUAGAGACCAACUUACACUCCCUGACUCGACAGGCUACAUUUGAUCAGGCACCGUCCGCUCAAGUGCUGCAACUGCAACAACAAUUGCAGCUGCAGCAACAACAGGCACAGCAACAGAGGACCAGCGGUCCCUUUGGUCUCGAUCCCAAUGUGAUGGCCGAAAUCGAAAAGGAUUGGGUGCGUGCCGAUCAGAUGGUCUUUAAAGAAUAUACUCCAGUUGAUACUUCGCUCCUCUUCGAGCCCAUUAAAGUGAUACCAACACGCGACGGAUUCCAAUAUCCACAAGACAAAUUUGAUCGCCUCAUUGCACGCUCGCAUUACAUUCAACAGAACCUGACUACGUCACCGCAGUCAAAUAACACUGGCCACACGGCCAGCGGCAUAUCGCCCUAUCGUAGUCCCAUGCGCAUUCAGCAACAACAGAUGCAGACGCAUCAGAACAACAUGGACAACAAUAUGCCUAACUUAGCCGAUGUGUUGCCCAAGCAUGAUCCACAACUGGUAAAGAUAAUUAAGGCAGUCAGCAGCAACGAUACAUUAAAAGCGCGUGCAGCAAUCAAUGAGUUGACCGCCAUCAUUGAAUCUCCAGAGAAACAGGCUGUGCUGCGUGACUACGAGGAAAUAUUCAUACAAAAUGUGCUGGCACAGUUGAAGAAUCUUUCGCAGCUGCCAAUAUCACAGGCACUUGUGGUGUAUCAGCCAUUACUUUCCAUUUUGUAUACGUUCUUCAAUGCCAAUAUUCUGGGCAAAACGCUGAGCGUGGCCUGUAUUAAGAAUCUCAUGUCUGCGCUUUUGCAUCUUCUGGCCGACCAAAAAUUGACCAGUGGUGAUGACAGCCAAUACAACAAGGUUAUUAAUGGAAUCUGCCUCAAAGUCCUGGACAAAGCCAAUUUUACAAAUAUUUACUGCGCCUUAAUCCGAUUACUGAGAGAGACCUGCCCGGUUGCGGGGCUGCCCAAGUUUACAGAUUUACUAAUGAAAUGCAUUUGGCGGAAUAUUAAAAUGUUACCGGAGCGCACUAACGAGCUGAACUACGAUGCCGUCAUCUUGGAGGUGCAUGAAUUUAUGCUGGCGUUGCCGAGCACAUGGUGGCAGAAUCGUCCAUCAGAUACGCCGUUGCGCACCGUCAAAACUAUAAUUCACAAUAUGGCCAAGGUGAAGGGUAAUGCUAUAUUGCAGCAUCUGAAUCAGAUACCCACACACUCUGAGCUGCACACAUACUUGAUACGCAUCCUCAAGAAUUUCCAAAAGGACGGAACUGUGUCCGGUACAGGUGUUUCCCCGCAGCGUCAGCAAUUUUCAGCCAAGGAAAUUGCCACUAAGCGAAUAUCGCAUCAAGCACAUGAUACGGUGUCACAGAUCUUUAAACUCAUUUCGGACAAGGAUACCAAGCAGCAAGGACUGCAAAAACUAUACGACUUUAAGCAACAAAAUCCGGACAUCGAUCUAAGUACAUUCUUGCAAGGAGCCAGCGCAACCUUCCACAAGUAUAUUGAAGAAGGUCUUGCGGAGAUUGAACGACAGAAUCAGAAUGCAGGCUCAACGCAAGCGCCGGAUAACCGCACGGCUGCUACACGUUCUUAUCUCACAGAUGUCAACUAUCAAAAUGCCACACACGAUCCCGACUAUUGGAUGGAUCGUUUGCAGAAUUUAAUGUCCACACGAAGCGCUUCGGACGAUGGCUCCCAUAUGCUGGACAAUAAGGUAGCCGACGAGAACCUCUGCUUGAACUCGAUGAAUCCGCAGAAGGUGUCGCUCAUCAGGCGUGAGGUGGGUGCAACCAGAACUCUUUGAGCUGGCUAAUGCAAUUUGAAAAGAAAUAGAAAAUUAAGCUAAAUGAUAAAACCCGAACUGUCGCCCAACCGUCUGCAGCACAUUCAGGCUAAGCUGGCGCAGAUCAAAAAGGAGAAUCAUGCCCAAUAAGUGUGUAGAUGUUGACGACUCGUAUUACUGUUUAUUUAUCGCUGUAUAGCUAGCUGAUUGAUCUGCUUUGGAUUACUAUAUAUAUAUAAAUAUUAUACAUACUAUUUUUCUGAUCAGAUCAGCAACGAGAUGAGGGCGAAGGUGUCCAGCUACGCGAAAAUCAUUUAUUAUUUAUCAUAACAAAAUAAUAACAUAGCGCGUAUGCUUAAAGAUUCUCGGUAUAAUCAUAAUAAUUUAGUAACGAGCAGAACUCGAAAGCAGAGUUAACAACAGUAACAGACAGUAACAAUAAUUAACAGCAUACUACACAAUACCUACGAUUAAUUACUAUUACUAAUGAAUUGUACUACAGAAAACAAAUAUUCUACACAUAUGUAUUAGCACUGAGUUAUGUAUUUGGUAUGCGUUUCAGAGAUAUAUUGGCUGAUUUGAGAUUAGGUUUUUAGCUUGUUCCAUUUUGCGGUUUUGUUAAGUUAGCUUGGAAUUAGUUCCUUCUAAUUUUACGUUAAUUCACAACUGUUUACGAUUAUUUUUGUUCAAAUUUAAUAGUGAAAUCCAUUUGAAAACAUGUUAAAGAUUUGCGUAACUAUUAAUAAAUUAUAAACUGUUUUUCAUCCCCCAAAAAAACAUAAAAAUUGUUAUGAGGUUAUGUUCCCAAACCAGGAUUGUUUAAAGCCAGGCCAAGCCAAGCAAGCGUAAGGCUCAGUGCAUGUUAAUGAACUAUUGAUAAAUUAAUUACAAUUACAAACAUAUAACGAUAUACAAGCUUGUGACUAGAUAAACAACAAUUUUUGCUACCAUAGAUUACGUUUUGUUUUAACAAUUGUUUAGUUUAGUUUAAGCAUCAUCCAGUUUAACACACACACACAGUACACACUUACACUUAUACACUCCACACACUGAAUACUCACAACACAUACACAUGCCUAAAUCUUUUGUAACAUGCCCCAUUAUUUAUGCAACAUAAUAAACGUUAUAUUUAUAAUUCA